AUGGUGGACACUGCUCACCUCCUGGCCUGGCCCUCCCCCUUUGGCCUCAGUCCCGUGGAUUUCUCUGAGCUGGACUCCCAUGGUCUUGAGAUGAGGCACAUGGACUACUCCUCCUCCUCCCUGUCUCCUCCUCUGGCCUCCUCCAUAGUGACCUUUGACCCAAGCCCACCCCAGCACACUCACCAGUCUCUGAGCAGCGUGGACUUCAGCGGUCUCAGCGCAUACCAGGCGGAUGACGACACACACAUCACGCACAGUCUAAUAAAGUUGGAGCCCGAGUCCCCGCCUCAGCUCACAGAGAGCCCGCUCCUCUCCAAACCUCAGGACGACCCGACGACAGUGAGCAGUACGGCUCUCAACAUCGAGUGUCGAGUCUGCGGUGACCGAGCCUCCGGGUUCCACUACGGGGUCCACGCCUGCGAGGGCUGCAAGGGAUUCUUCAGACGCACGAUUAGAUUGAAGCUGGUGUACGAUCACUGCGAACUCCGAUGUCGCAUCUACAAGAAAUCACGCAACAAGUGUCAAUACUGCCGCUUCCAGAAGUGUCUAAACGUGGGAAUGUCGCACAACGCAAUCCGCUUCGGCCGGAUGCCCCAGGCGGAGAAGGAGAAGUUGUUGGCUGAGUUUUCUUCAGACGUGGAGCUGAUGCAUCCGGAGGCGGCGGAUCUGCGUGCUCUGUCCCGACACCUGUACAACGCCUAUCUCAAAUACUUCCCCCUCACCAAGGCCAAGGCCAGGGCCAUCCUCUCUGGCAAGACUGGGGACAACGUGCCGUUUGUCAUCCACGACAUGAAGUCUUUACUGGAGGGGGAGCAGUUCAUCAACGUCCAAGUGCCGACACAUGAUGAGCCGCGACCACCGCUCGCUAAUGGAUACAGCGGUCAGUCGCUCUGUGCAGGCUUGAUGAGUGAAUCCCAGGCGGACUACAGCGGCCUUUCCAGCUGUCUUCCCAGUGGUCUUCCCAGUGGUUCUGGCUCUGUGUGCUUGGACACUGCAGAGAUGAGGUUCUUCCACAGCUGUCAGUCCCGAUCGGCUGAGGCGGUGAGAGAAGUGACAGAGUUUGCAAAGAGCAUCCCAGGUUUCAUCGACCUCGACCUGAAUGACCAGGUGACACUGCUAAAGUAUGGUGUGAUAGAGGUCCUGAUCAUCAUGAUGUCUCCACUCAUGAACAAAGACGGGACUCUGAUCUCGUACGGACACAUCUUCAUGACACGUGAGUUCCUGCGGAGUCUGAGGAAGCCAUUCUGUCACAUGAUGGAACCCAAGUUCGAGUUCUCCGUCAAGUUCAACACCUUAGAAUUGGACGACAGCGACAUGGCCCUGUUCCUCGCUGUCAUCAUCCUCAGUGGAGACCGGCCGGGCCUCCUGAACGUGAUGCCCAUCGAGCGGCUGCAGGAGAGCGUGCUGCACUCUCUUGAGCUGCAGCUCAAACUGAACCAUCCCGAAUCCCUUCAGCUGUUUGCCAAACUUCUGCAAAAGAUGACCGACCUGAGGCAGAUAGUGACGGACCAUGUGCACCUAAUCCAGCUGCUCAAACAAACCGAGGUGGACAUGUGCCUCCACCCUCUGCUGCAGGAGAUCAUGAAGGACCUGUACUAG